AUGGUUCCACGAACCAAGAAGCGACGCCUGACCGACUCUGCAGAAGACAAAAGUCAGGAGAUUUGCAAGCCUGCUACUCUCGCCCAGAAGGACAGUUGGAAUGGCUUCUGCGAGAUUGAAUCAGAACCAGCUCUAUUCAAUGUGAUGCUCCGGGAAUUUGGAGUAAAAGGCGUGAAGAUCCAGGAGAUCAUCUCCCUAGAUGAGGAGAUGCUGGAAUUCCUCAAUAAGCCUAUCUAUGGCCUGAUCUUCCUAUUUCGCUGGCGAGAGGACGAUGCCGAGAAGCAAGAGGCCAGCUGCCCGGAUGGUCUUUGGUUUGCAAAUCAGACUGCGGAUAACGCUUGCGCUAGCGUGGCUUUGCUCAAUAUCGUCAACAAUAUACCUGACAUUGAAUUGGGAGAGCACCUCCGGCACUUCAAAGAGUUCACCAUGCCUUUUACUCCAGCCCUUCGAGGCGACGCAAUCAACAAUUUCGAAUUCGUCAAGCGGGUGCAUAAUUCCUUUGCUCGAAAGAUGGAUAUCCUGAGUACCGACUUCCAACUCAAGUCUGAAUCUAAGAACAAAAAGCGAUCGAAGGGGCAAGAAGACAGCGAGUCAGAUGUGACUUUCCAUUUUAUCGCAUUCAUGCCAGCUUUGGGCCAACUCUGGAAAUUUGAUGGUCUAGAACGGCAGCCUCAAGCACUUGGUGCAUGUUCGGUGGAUGACUGGUUGCAAGUGGCUAGGCCCAACAUUCUCGACCGCAUGGCGGCGUAUGAGGAGGGCCAGAUCGAAUUUUCCAUUCUUGGGCUAGUCCGGGACCCCAUCCUCGACCUUACCAAGCAGCUUGCUUGUAAUGUGCGGCAGCUAGAGAGGCUUAAUGCGCGAUUAUUAGCUUCUGACGAACAACCUUCCGUGAAAGCCAUGCUAGCGGAUCUCAACGAAACCCUGCUGGGUCCAGAUCUUUCUUUCGAACUGACACCCGCUGCGAUUAAUGCGGCAUCUAUCCCCGAAGUGGAGUUUGACAGCUGCUCAAUACCGGAGCUACAGGAAGAGCUCAGAAAGCUUCGAGACGAGCAGCAGAUGUUGCGGGGCCGGAUACGUGAGGAGCAGCAGUCUCAGCGGUUAGACGAAGACCAUGCGACCGGGAGACGAUACGAUUAUGGACCGGCUGUGCGGACAUGGUUGCGAUUCCUAGCACGCAAGCAACUCUUGGCGGAGUUGUUGGACUGA